CUUUUGUUUGUGUGCUUGCUUGUUCAUUUUGUGAUGCAUGUCUUUGCUUAUAUCUGCUGCAUUUUCAGAUCAUCAAAGCUCAUCCGGAAUUACACACUUUCGUUGGGAUCGAUGCAGAUCCUCUUGCUCUUGCCAUGGCUGCUCCGGUAAUCCGGGAUGCCAUCGGGAGUGCUACGACUGCUUGCCACGUAUCGCCGAGAGGGGACUCGCUGAGUGGAACAGUUUCUGGACAAGGGGACGUGUUGAGCAGUGACAAGAGGACAUGUGGACAGCUGGGGGGUAACAAUUUCGAUGCAACAACAGCGAGGCAGGAGCAUGUCAUUGGAGAAGGAUGGAGGGGGGAAGAAUGCAAUGGUGUCCAGGUUCAUCUGUUACAGGGAAAUUUUCGAGAUUUGACAGCAAUAUUAUCUCGCUUGGGUCUUGAAAAUUCUGCUGAUGGAAUUCUUUUGGACCUUGGAAUGGAAGAGGGCGGCCGAGGAGUGGAAGAGGGCGGAGGGGAGGGUCAGCGGAGAGGCGGUGGGGAGGGUCAGUGGAGGGGCGGAGGGGCAUCGGACGGGCGGCGGAUGGGCGGAGGGGAGCAAAAGGCCAGCGGAGGGGAGCAUGGCGGAGGGGCGGAGGAGGGGAGCACAGCAGACGGGAGCGCGGUUCAGAGGGGCACGGAGGAGGCGGAGGGGCGGCCGGUGAAGGACAGGCGGAGGAGCGGAGGCGGAGGCGGAGGAGAAGGCGGAGGAGGAGGCGGAAGAGGCGGAGGAGGAGGUGGAGAGGGGGAAGCGGGAGGCGAGGAGGAGGGCGGCGGAGAAGAGAGCGGCAGAGCCGUGCGAGGCGGAAGCGGGGAGCAAGAGGGCAGCGGAGUGGAGCUGGCGGAGGGGUACAUGGCGCAGAGGAGGAAGCGAAGGAGGGCGCAUAGGAUUUGCUGGCGGAGGAGGACCGGCAGAGGAGCAGGAGGCGGAGAAGGAGGCGGAGAAGACGGCCGAGGGGAGGACGCCGGAGGGGAGGAAGAGGGUGGCGGAGGGGCAGAGGAGGGGAGAGCGGGUAAAGCGGCAGAGGUGGGGAGCAAGCGGAGGGGAGCGUACAGAGGGGAGCGUGGUGGAGGGGAGAGUGGAGAAGGGGCGGAGGAGGGGCGGAGGGGAACGCGGCGGAGGGGAGGGGGAGGGGACGGCGGUGCAGGGGGUCUGUUUCAGGGGUUACAGGUUUCUAUAUUUGACUUAUCCUCCUUUGAGGUGAAUAUUGCUGAAGGAGCUGUUUCGUGGAAGAGGGUGGUUGAAUUGCUGGUGACAUGUGGUGGCAACCAAAUGGAGGGCUGGUGGGGUGCAAUUUGGAGGGGUCCGCUUCUGGGAAGUACCAUUCAGAGAGGGUACUCUAAGGGAGCUUGGUCUAGCUGGUGGCCCUUCUGGAAUUUCAAGAGCCAGGAGAGAGGGUCCCCUCCACAGGAGAUGUGUUCGGAUAAGGCAGCUGAAUCUGGUCCCCUAGUGGCGAAAGGGGGAACUGAAUCUGGUCUCUUAGUGGCUAGAGGGGGAACCGAGGAUGAUGUCAAUGUGGAUUAUGGUGCAUGUCACGACUUCACUGCUGCGAAAGUGCAAAGCAGCAAAUUUGGUCGCGAUGAAGAGGCCGGGGUUUCUUCUCAAGAGACGGAACCACCUGUUUGCAAUAGAACGACACUUUCUUCUCACGUGACGGUGGAUGAACUUAGUCUCCUUGGACCGAAAGGCGCGGACGCGGCGAGUGCAGGUCUGUCGACAGGUGCAGGUACUGGACCAAUGGUGUCGUCAGAGCCUUGUCGUCCUACCGCCGCUGUGCCUGUGACACCUCGUCUGCCUCACGUACCUGUUCUGCUCGCAGAUGUGGUUAAUAUUUUUGAGGGCAGGGACGUCAGAGUACUGGUUGAUUGCACUCUAGGUGCCGGCGGACAUGCAAGUGAGGUCGAUGAUGCAGAACGAGGAUUUAGCUUCCUCAAGGAUGGCCCUUUGGAUAUGCGGAUGGAUCCUUCGACCGGAUACACAGCAGAGGUUAUAGUGAAUGAAAGCUCAGAGCAGGAAUUAGGCCACAUUCUGUGGACAUAUGGCGAAGAGCGAAAAUGGAGAUGGUUGGCAGGGAAGAUUGUUCAAGCCAGGCAGAAGUGCAGAAUUACAACAACAAAACAGCUGGCAGACAUCAUUGGUGGUGGGGGGUAUCGCCCACGAGGUUCAGUAUUGGCCGUCGAGGUACAGGCGCCAGACUGUGAGGGCGUGAAUCACGACGAGGAGUUCCUUCUCGUUGGAUGGGUAAUUCAUCUCCGCGGGAAGGAGCUUCUUGCUAGCGAAGGCGAUGGGGUAUUCGCCGGGUGGAGCCUCGGGUACGGCUCCAAUGGCGAAGUCGGAGGCAUCAGUGGUGACAUAGAAAUGGCGAGUGGGGUCGGCGAUCUUGAGGACAAGGGCCAUGGUGAUGGGUUGCUUGCGGAAGUCGAAAGUGUGUUGGCGGCGAUCGUUCAAAUUGAAGGGCUCGUCCUUGCGUGUGAGUUCGUGGAGAGGGUAAGAGAUCUCGAAAAAGUUGCGAAUGAAUGGGAGGUAAUAGUUGGCAAGGCCGAGGAAGGAACGGAGUUGGAGGAGGGUCUUGGGUGGGAGGUACUCGACGAGGGCUGUGACCUUCGAGGGGUCCAUACGGAUGCCUUCAGCGGAGACAAUGUGGCCAAGGUAUUCGACGCUCGAAGCGGCAAACGUACAUUUGUUGAGCUUGGCGUAGCAUUUUUCCUCUCAGAGGAUCGAGAGGACUUGGCGAAUGUGCUGAAGGUGGGACUCGAAGGUGGGGCUAAAGAUGAGGAUGUCAUCAAGGUACACGACGACACAGACUUUGAGGAGGUCACGAAAGAUGUGGUUCAUGGUGGACUGGAAUGUGGCGGGGGCAUUGGUGAGUCCGAAAGGCAUUACGAGGAACUCGUAGUGCCCAAACCGAGAGCGGAAUGCGGUCUUGUGGGUGUCCUCCUCGCGGAUACGGAUCUGGUGGAAGCCAUUGCGGAGGUCGAUCUUAGUGAAAUAUUUGGCUCCACGGAGGCGAUCAAGAAGUUCAGAUAUCCGGGGGAGUGGGCACUUGUUCUUGACCGUGAUCCGGUUCAAGGCACGAUAAUCUGUGCACAUGCGAAGUUCCGAGGUGCCGUUCUUCUUGACGAAGAGGCAACUGGUUCCGAAGGGGGAGGAGCUAGGCUUAAUGAUUCCUUUUUCAAGGAGUUCAUUGAGCUGGCGCUUCAUUUGUCCGGCCUCGGGGACGGAGAGUUGGUACGGAGGGCGGCAAGGAGGAGAAUGGCCGAGCUCGAGAUCAAUGGGUGGAGAGGAAAAAGGCGGUCGGGAGGCACAAGCUUGGCGUUCCAUCCGCAUAAGGUGGGCGGCCUGGAGGUCCUCAAGGGUGAAUUCGGAGGGGUCGAGAGAGGCAGUGUCGAAGUCGUCAUCAGAGGUGGAUGGAGUCGUGUCGUCAGGGGUGAUGUUAUGGAAAAAGCGGGGGCGGGAGGGAGCGGGCAUGGAUUGGUGAUGGGGGUGGAGGAGUCGAUCGUGGUGAAGCAUGCAAGAGAGGAGGUCAGCAAGGGGCAUGUCGGGUUCGUGGGCGAGGGCAGUUGCAAGAUCUUUGUUGCAUACUCGCUUGAUGCGGGAGAUGAACGCAAAGUCCGGAAUGACGGCGGUGGGGAGGUGAUGGCGGAGGGAGCGGAUGGCCGAAGGGUGUUGACGGCGGUCAUAUCGAUGCUGGAGGAUUGUGCCAUGUUUGGGGAAGAUGGAGUGGAUGCGGUGGCUGAGGCGGCGGCGGCGGAUGAGGUGGAGGCAAACGCGGCGGCAGCGGCGGUGACGGCUGCGCGUUGGGAGGUCUUGGUUUGGCGUGGUGGCAUGUGGAGAUUUGGGUGCAAGAAGGGGAGCGCUGGGCGUGGCAUCCACCCCGCCACGCGCGUGUUCCAGGCCCUCAGGAUUGCAGUGAACGACGAGCUGUGCGCUCUCGAAGAUGUCAUUCCGGCCGCAGCCAGCUGCCUUGCGAUUGGCGGGCGGAUUGGUGUGAUUUCUUUCCACAGCCUUGAGGAUCGGAUAGUGAAGCAUAUAUUUCGCGCUGCAGCCCGUCCUGAUCACGGACGCCCGAGCGAGGACCUGUUCCAGUACACCGUUGGCAGCUCAGGCUGGCAGCAAAGGAAGGUAGCUGGCGGGGAAGAUCUGCUGGCCGGCAAGAUCCCGGGCCUGUACAGAGACUGGGUGCUUGAGCCACUGACAAAGUCCCCGAUCAUCGCCUCGGAGGAUGCAAGGAAACAGAACCCGAGAAGUAGAAGUGCAAAACUUCGGGUUGCACAAAAGACUCCAUGUCAACCAAAGGAGAGAAAUCAAACGGCAGCGCACACUGCACUCAAGAUGCGUGCUCCGACUUCCACGGUGUGAGCUCUGCAGUAAUGCAAGGGUGGUAUCUGGAGGUGAAGAUGAUGUGAGGUGGAAGUCGAAACCGUGUUGAAAAGAAGAGUUGCUAGUCGCGAAGCAUAACGGU